CAGUUGUGGUAAGACGGUGCUAAAUAUCUUCCACCGCAAGAGUGUGUGUGUGAGCUAACAGAUUCUACCUCCUCGGUGUAGCCGGUGCGUCUGAAGGCCGGGCCCAGGCUGGGUGAGGGACGCGUGGAGGUGCUCCGAGAUGGAAAAUGGGGGACAAUCGUGGACCACAUGUGGGAGCGGACCGCUGCCAGCGUGGUGUGCAGAGAGCUAGGCUUUGGUACUGCCAAGGAUGCACUGCCAGGCGCCUUCAUGGGACAAGGUACUGGACCCAUCCACAUGAACAGUGUGCAGUGCACGGGCACAGAGCGCUCCAUCCUGGACUGCUACUUCCAGGAAGUUCAACCGUGGACGUUCAAACACAGCCAGGAUGCUUCAGUGCGCUGUAACAUCCCCAAAACCGGCACGGAGCACAUGGUGCGACUGGCUGGCGGGAGGGUUUCGUCAGAGGGCCGAGUCGAGGUGCUGAUGGAAGUGGGUGGCCGGAAACUCUGGGGUUCCGUCUGCAGCGAGAACUGGGGCAUCAAUGAAGCCAUGGUGGUGUGCAGACAGCUGGGUCUGGGCUUUGCUGCGAGCGCACAUCAGGAUACUUGGUAUUGGUCCAGUGACCCAAAUGCAGCCGAGUUGAUUCUCAGCGGAACUCACUGUGUCGGAACAGAGUUCUCGAUUCAGCAGUGUCGUCGCAACAACCACAUGCACUGUCCUCGAGGGGGCGGAGUUAAGGCUGCUGGGGUGACCUGCUCAGAAACCGCCCCCGACCUGGUUCUGGACUCCCAGCUGGUCCAGGAGACGGCCUACUUGGAAGACCGACCCCUGCACCUAUUGAACUGUGCCAACGAGGAGAAGUGUCUGUCCUCCUCGGCUGCCAGGAUGAACUGGCCCUACGGCCACAGACGCCUGCUGCGCUUCUCCUCGCGCAUCAUGAACUUGGGCCGCUCGGAUUUCCGACCCAAAGCGACGAGGGAGAGCUGGACAUGGCACCAGUGUCACAGGCAUUACCACAGCAUCGAGGUGUUCACGCAUUACGACCUGCUGACCCUGAAUGGCACCAGGGUCGCCGAGGGGCAUAAGGCCAGUUUCUGUCUGGAGGACACCCACUGCCCUGAUGGCGUCCAGAAACGCUUCUCUUGUUAUAACAUGGGUGACCAGGGCAUCUCCGUGGGCUGCUGGGAUACCUACCGCCAUGAUAUCGACUGCCAGUGGGUGGACGUGACGGACGUACGGCCUGGAGAUUACAUCUUUCAGGUGGAAGUCAACCCCUCCAUGGACAUGGCCGAGUCCGACUUCAUGAACAACGUCAUGCGAUGCCGCUGCAAAUACGACGGCCACAGAGCCUUCAUGUACGGAUGUCACGCAGGAGACGCGUACAGCGCCGAGACAGAAGACCUGUUUGAGCACCAGAGGCAAAUCUCCAACAACUUUGUGUAGCACAUCCCUAAGACUCCAACACCAAGGUCUUCCAGAUGCUGCUCCAGGUGGGCAGAGUGAUACUUAAGCCCCAGUCCCCGUUUAACUAAAACACGGAAAAUAACGUUGCCUGUCCAUAUGCUCGGCAGCUGAUAGUCACAUCACGGAAACAAAACAAUGCCUUGACCGGCCAGUGACAACAAGAGUGGCCCACGCAGCUUUUGGCUUUGUCGUUACUCGAGUUAGUUUAUUCAUUCUCUUCUUUUGUGACGCUGGACUACUAAUACCCUUUUUUUUACAAACCUAGCCUUUACACAUGAAAGAUUCAAAAUACAACGCCAAUAUGUUGACAUGCAGUACUGUCAAGCGAUUAAAAAGGGAGUGAUUAAUUAAUUAGGAUCUGUAAUUAAUCUCGAUUUUAAUCCCACCUAAAAACCUGCUGAGAAAAGCUCUAAACUUGACUUAUUUUCAUUUACCAAGAUAGCUAUACAACAAUAUAAAGUAGAUUUAUAAAGUUAUUUGUUGUUUUUAACUGAUUUGAACAGAUGCAUUGUGUUUUAUUUUAACUAAAACAUCAGGUUUAUAUAAAGUGCUGAAGUUAAUACAGUAAGUAAAACUAUUUUAUGAGCAAUAGCCUAAGUAAGUACCGUAUUUUUCGGACUAUA